AUGGCUAGCCAGUCCCAGGGCAUCCAGCAGCUACUGCAGGACGAGAAGCAGGCGGCCAAGAAGGUGUCCGAGGCCAACAAGCGAAAGAACCAGAGACUGAAACAGGCCAAAGAAGCCCAGGCUGAAAUUGAACAGUACAGCCUGCAGAGGGAGGAGUUCAAGGCCAAGGAAGCUGCAGCACUGGGGUCCCAUGGCAGUUAUAGCAGUGAGGUGGAAAAGGAGACCCAGGAGAGGGUGACCAUCCUCCAGAACUACUUUGAGCAGAACAGAGAUGAAGUCUUGGAUAACCUUUGUGUGUGA